AUGACGCAAACCAGGGGUCACGGCCACCGUGGCCAUUCCCACCACCACCAUCACCACGAUAAUGUAUACCUCACAUCGACCAACAAGAAUGACGCCGGUGUGCGCAUUACACGGAUUGGCCUCGUGGCCAACCUUUGCAUGGCCAUUGGCAAAUUUAUCGGCGGUUACAUUUUCCAUUCGCAAGCUCUCAUCGCCGAUGCCUAUCACGCGCUCACCGAUUUGGUCUCGGACUUUUUGACCCUGGGCACCGUCGCAUGGUCACUGAAGCCUCCCAGCGAGCGCUUCCCGAAUGGAUACGGCAAGGUGGAAAGCAUUGGCGCGCUGGGUGUGAGUGGCUUGCUGCUCUGUGGUGGUGUCUUCAUGGGCCUCAAUGCGGGCCAGGUCUUGUUGGCGCAGUGUUACCCCGACCUGGCUGAAACGUUGGCGCACUCAGGGAUCCUUGGACAUGGACACGGACAUUCGCAUAGCCAUGGGAUCGAGGUGCUAGGCCCGAGCAUCCACGCGGCCUGGCUGGCGGCGGGUUCGAUUGUGAUCAAGGAGUGGUUGUACCAUGCAACAAUGAAAGUCGCCAAGGAGCGCAAGUCGUCCGUCCUCGCCUCCAACGCUGUCCACCAUCGCGUAGACUCCCUGACAAGCAUCGUCGCUCUGUUUACCAUCGGUGGAAGCUACGUCUUCCAAGAUGCCACCUGGCUGGACCCGGUGGGCGGUCUCUUGAUUUCCCUGAUGGUCAUCAAGGCCGGAUGGGGUAACACCAUGACCUCGCUCUUGGAACUGGCAGAUACCGCCGUGGACGAUGAUAUUAAAAAGUCGGUGCAAACCGCCGCCGCCAAGGCAUUGAAAGCCCUUGAGGACGGCGAGGAAGUUAUUGUCCGUGAUGUCCAGGGCAUGAAGUCGGGACAGAACUACCUCAUGGACAUUGAACUGGCUGUGCCGGGCGAGUGGGCCAUUACCCGGUCUAGGGUGGUGGAGGAGGCCGUCCGCAAAACGGUUGGCGAGAAGGUCCGCGGUGUGAAGCGUGUCAAGAUUCGCUUCAUCCCUGCCGAGCAGACUGAGCUUACAUUCUCCGAGGAAUUUGUUUCCCAGGACACCGGGGCUAACCCGGAGCCCGAGAGCAAUGGUAACAAUCAUAACCAUAACCAUGACCAUGACCAUGAUCAUGAGCACAGCCAUGAGGAUCCAAUCUCCCGGAAGAAGCAAUAG